GGAUAGAUUAUUAUCUUCAAAACCAAGUUAUAAAACCAAAUGAACCGAUAACAAACCCAUAACCUCUGCAAAAUCUCAACGAACAUAUACGAUGAAGAAAGAAGACACAGUGAAGCUAAUCAGUGCUGAAGGAUUCGAAUUUGUCAUCGACAAGAAUGCCGCCAUGGUUUCCCAAACCAUCCGCAACAUGCUCACAUCUCCAGGGGGAUUUGCGGAAACUGAGCAUCGUGAAGUGACGUUUCCGGAGAUAAGUACUACGAUUUUGGAGAAGAUCUGUCAGUACUUUUAUUGGUCGCUUCAAUACGCAAGUGGGAAGGAGACUGAAUUCUACAUUGAACCUGAAAUGACACUGGAACUUAUGAUGGCUGCUAAUUAUCUGCACACCUGACCAAUCACGAUCUAGGUUGCCGGAGGCUCGUGUUGGCUGUCAACAUGAAGAUCAAAGUGUUAUUAGGAGUUAUGACUAAAUUAUAUGUCAUAUUUGGUUACAACUUAUAUGUGUAAUUUUAGUUUGGCUUGUAAAUAUUUGAUUGUUGAAUAAAACUCUGUACAUGUAGCGAAAAACAUGUUAAACUUUUGAGACGCUUAUUUGGUUUACAAAAACAUUUUUAACGGUUCUCUUCA